AUCAACACCAAACACCAUCUAAGUUUCUCCGCCCAUUGCUAAUUAACCACUGCUAUUUUUAUUAUUUUUAAUUAAUGGAAACAUCAAGUGGGUAUCUGAAUUAUCAUCAAAAUCUCUCUUUUGGUUCUUCUAGAAGAGAUGUCUCUUACAGCUGUGGCAGUUGUGGAUAUGAGCUAAACCUUAACUCAUCUAGUCGAAAUACUGCUUCCAUUGGUUCCAAGUACGGAAAAUCCAUUAAGAAAGGGAUGAUCUCCUUCUUGUCCAUUGACGAGAGCAGAUUUACUCAGGUCGAUGAAUUCAAGUGUGUGCCGUUCUUUUUCUCCAAACGUUCUUGGGGAUUGUUCCAGCGGCGAACAAAACUUCAGUGCAGAAAAUGUGGUAAUGAUAUUGGAAUUGCUUAUGAUGAUAGUGCUUCUUCUUACCCACUUGUAGCCGAUGCAUCAGAUACAGCCUCUGGCAGUGAAACAACCACUCAUAGAAAAUACGAUAUCAAAAUACGCUCCUUGCAACCGUCUUCGUCAGCAUCCGGUACUCCUCUCCCGAGUGAUAUAUAAUGCUCGUGAAUAUCUCUUCUGUGAGGAAAGUUUGGCAUGUAUUUCUGAUCAUGCAAUAGCACUGUGCUGAAAUUUAUAAAAUUCGAGGUGCUUUAAUUUCCUGUUAUGUUAUUUUUCAAGUAAAUAAGACUCAAAUCAGAUUACAGGUUUUGUUGGAGGAUUUGUACAAUUUUCUUGAUAUCCAUAUCUUAAGGGGGAUGUGGUUUGUACUUUUGUACAUAAGAACAGGACUGUCAAUGAGGUGGAAUUUGAUUAAGAGUGUUUUGAAUUGUAACCUAAAUCAUCAGGCAAUCUUCAAGCUGUUAUUCCAUGUAUUUUAUGGGCUUUUCUAACU